CAUGGACCAGGCGAAUGCGGUACUGGACGUGGUCGCCAAAAACCGCCUCUCGGAAUUCUACCACGAGACGCGGCUCUCUUGCAUCAUCAAGCACUACGGGGACGUGGAAAAUCGACGGGUAGACAAGCAAGAGGCUAGGGAGAUGGUGUGUCAGAGGACCGACCUCACCAAGGAGCAGUACCUUAACGUGUGUCCGGACUGGUGCGGUGCAUACCACAACUGCUGGGAGGACAUUGUGGACAAGUGGCUCUCAGAGGAGGCCUAUGCGAAGCACAUGGAGCGUCGGGAGUGCCGCUUGAAGAUGCCUGGGUUGCCACACCACCAGGGCCCACAGCCCCUCGCCCAGUACGCCGAGAGAUGGUCACGGUCGCACGAGAACCGAGAGUGCAACGAGUACUUGGCGUACGCCCUGGCACACAGGGGCAAGGCGACAGCUCCAGACAACGUGUAUGACCCAGCUCACGGGCCCGAGGCGUACACCAACGAGAACGCCUACACCAAGCUCACGGAGUAUACGGCGGCGGCUCGCGAGCGCCAUGGGGCCGACUUCGACCCGACCGCCCAGCCCCUCGACACAGACCUCGUGAUGAGGCGGGAGGAGGGAAGCAGCACGGCCAGUACUGGAUGGCCAACAGCGCCAUCUCCUCGUCCUCCGUGGACAACCUCGCCACGAUUCGGUCGAGGAGCACGAGCAGCUCCGUACCCAUACGACCUCGGCAGCAGAGCUCGGCGCAGAUGGUGGCGGCCUUUCAGGCUCAGAUGAAUCAGAUGCAGAGUGACAUGCAGGAACAGAUCCAGGCCCAGGUACAAGCUGCCACUGCAAAGGUCUUGGAGGAGAUGGUUG